AUGGCCGACGCCGACCUCCAGCUCUUCUCGUCGACGAAGGAGCGGCGGCGCUACACGGACCUCGCCGACUUUUACGCCAUCAUCAAGGCCACGGAGCACCUCGAGAAGGCCUACGCGCGCGACGCCAUCGACGAGGCGCGCUACGAGAAGGCGUGCCUCAAGCUCAUCUCCCAGUUCAAGAGCAGCGAAUCAGCAUUAAAGCUCGGCGGCGGCAUCGAGGACGCGUCGUCGUUCAUCGCCGAGUGGCGGAUGGACUGCCCGCGCGCGCGCGACCGCCUCGUCCGCUGCGGCGCGCCCGCGACGGUGCUCCACGCGACGGACGCGGGCGACGCGAGCGAGACCGUGCGCGUCGCCGAGUGCGUCCAGCACUUCAUCACGGCCAUGGACGCGCUCAAGCUCGACCAGCGCGCCGUCGACGAGGUCCAGCCGCUCGUCGCGGACCUCGCCGCGGGCCUCGGGCGCGUGCCCCACGUGCCCUGCGCGGCGGGCAAGGCGGCUUUAGCAAAAUGGCUCGUCCAGCUCAACGCGAUGCGCGCGUCCGCGGAGAUCGACGACGAGCAGGCGCGGCAGCUGAGCUUCGACCUCGACUGCGCCUACUCCGAGUUCCACCGGGACCUCGCGGGCCGCCACUAG